AUUUUAACGUUAAGUCCGCGGACACACUGUUCGCAUGGCAUGCUGACUACCAAAAAUAUUUUGGUUUGAGUUUAUUUACUUUUUGGACUGAACGAAUUGUAUUGGAUUGGCUUCGGUGUUCACCAUGAACAUCAGCGAAGAUUUCAAGCCCGUGCCAACACGGGCUGCACUUGCGGCUCAGAAGAAGCAGGCCAGCUGCGAGUUCAAGGCAUUGGUGUUCCAGGAGCCGCAAUACCAGUCGAAGUCAACCAAGUCGAUGCCAGACAAACAGCAAGAAACAUCUGAAGCUGGACAAAGGAGACCCCGCAAGGACUCUGCUGCUGCUGACACUAACCCGGAGUUCGACAUCAAAAAGGCCCGACAUGAGGUGCUCAACUUUGCCAUGAGCAAUCAGCGUGUGACCAAGAACAAGCGCAAAAUGGAGAUUUUCCAACUGAUCAAGCUCGGCGCCAAGCCGCCAAAGAAAGCGGCCAGAAACUACAAGGAACUGAAGGACGAACGCCAGCGACUGAAGAACAUACGGGAGGAGCGAAAGAAGUUUCAUCAACUGGGAAAAAAUCAAGCUGGUGCGGCUAGUGUCAAGUGUCGAAGCAAAAACAACGAGGAACGCAAGCAGAAGAAACGCGCGCCCGUUUCCAACAUCGACCAGCACUACGGCAAGGCGCAGCCUAAACUCAAGAAAAGAAAAUAGCCAUAUAAUGUCCAGAAUAAACCUAAUUUAGUAAUAUA